CCAAGAGAAACAGUUUUCUACAGAAAUGCAACAAGUAGCACCCAGGGCCCGCAGAGCGCCUCGCGCCGCCUGACUUGGCCGGGCAAAGCCCGCCUGCAGAGUCGCAGGACAAAGGACGGAGGAGGGGCUGGACGGCGCUGCGAAGUCCCAAAGAGGCCAUUUAGUGACUCUGGCCAGGCCAAGGGGAAUGCAGAGGAGACACAGAGCCGGCGGGCCAAGAGGACGAUCCGGCCGCAGCACGCAGGGCGGGCGGCGAUGGAGGCUGCCCGCGCCGUGCGCUUCCUGCUCGUGGUGUGCGGCUGCUUAGCGCUCCCGCCGAGGGCCGAGCCCGUGUGCCCGGAGCGCUGCGACUGCCAGCACGCCCAGCACCUCCUGUGCACCAACAGGGGGCUCCGCGUCGUGCCCAAGACCAGCUCGCUGCCGAGCCCCCACGACGUGCUCACCUACAGCCUUGGCGGCAACUUCAUAACCAACAUCACGGCCUUCGACUUCCACCGUUUGGGGCAGCUCAGACGGCUGGACCUGCAGUACAACCAGAUCCGCGCUCUGCACCCCAAGACUUUCGAGAAGCUCUCGCGGCUGGAAGAGCUGUACCUGGGGAACAACCUCUUGCAGGCACUCGCCCCAGGCACGCUGGCCCCGCUGCGCAAGCUGCGCAUCCUCUACGCCAACGGGAACGAGAUCGGCCGCCUAAGCCGCGGCUCCUUCGAGGGCCUGGAGAGUCUGGUCAAGCUGCGGCUGGACGGAAACGCCCUCGGGGCGCUGCCGGACGCAGUCUUCGCCCCCCUGAGCAACCUGCUCUACCUACAUCUGGAGUCCAACCGGAUCCGCUUUCUGGGCAAGAAUGCCUUCGCGCAGCUAGGCAAGCUGCGCUUCCUCAACCUCUCUGCCAACGAGCUACAGCCCUCCCUGCGCCACGCGGCCACCUUCGCACCGCUGCGCUCCCUCUCCACCCUCAUCCUUUCGGCCAACAGCCUGCAGCACCUCGGGCCGCGCGUCUUCCAGCACCUGCCACGCCUCGGCCUGCUCUCGCUCAGGGGCAACCAGCUCACGCACCUCGCGCCAGAGGCCUUUUGGGGGUUGGAGGCCCUGCGCGAGCUGCGCCUGGAAGGCAAUCGGCUGAGCCAGCUGCCCACCGCGCUGCUGGAGCCUCUGCACAGCCUGGAGGCGCUGGACCUGAGCGGCAACGAGCUGUCGGCCCUGCACCCGGCCACCUUCGGUCACCUGGGCCGGCUGCGCGAGCUCAGCCUGCGCAACAACGCGCUCAGCGCUCUAUCCGGGGACAUCUUCGCCGCUAGCCCAGCCCUUUAUCGGCUGGAUCUAGACGGCAACGGCUGGACCUGCGACUGCCGGCUGCGAGGCCUGAAGCGCUGGAUGGGCGACUGGCAUUCGCAGGGCCGGCUCCUCACUGUCUUCGUGCAGUGUCGCCAUCCCCCGGCCCUGCGAGGCAAAUACCUGGAUUACCUGGAUGACCAGCAGCUGCAGAACGGGUCCUGCGCGGACCCCUCGCCCUCAGCCUACCUGACCGCCGACGGCAGGCGACGGCCCCUACCCACGGCCGUGGGGGAGGAGAUGACGCCCCCUGCAGGUCUUGCGGAGGAGCUGCCGCCGCAGCCGCAGCUCCUGCAGCGGGGGCGAUUUCCACCUGGGGUGGCAUGGGAUGGGGCUGCCAGGGAGCUCGUGGGCAACCGCAGCGCCGUGAGGCUGAGCCGACGGGGCCCGGGCCUCCAACAGCCCAGCCCCUCCGCCGCUGCCGCCGCAGGCCCAGCUCCACAGCGCCUAGACCUGCGCGAGAAGCCCCAGCGGGGCCGUCCCACCCGGACAGAUCCCGCCCAUGUGGAGCCCACCCCAACGGCCUCUCCCGGCUCUGCGCCGUCGCCCGCCGGCGACCCCUGGCAGCGCACAACGAAGCAGCGCCUGGCCACGGAGCAGCAGGAGCGUGCCGCCCAGUCCGAUGGCGGGGCCGGGCUGCCGCCGCUGGUGUCCGACCCGUGCGACUUCAACAAGUUCAUCCUGUGCAACCUGACGGUGGAGGCGGUGGGCGCAGACAGCGCCUCGGUGCGCUGGGCCGUGCGCGAGCAUCGCAGUCCCCGGCCGCUGGGCGGCGCGCGCUUCCGCCUGCUGUUCGACCGCUUUGGCCAGCAGCCCAAGUUCCACCGCUUUGUCUACCUGCCCGAGCGCAGCGACUCGGCCACGCUGCGCGAGCUGCGCGGGGACACCCCCUACCUGGUGUGCGUGGAGGGCGUGCUUGGGGGUCGCGUCUGCCCGGUGGCUCCCCGGGACCACUGCGCGGGGCUGGUCACCCUGCCGGAGGCCGGGAGCCGGGGCGGCGUCGACUACCAGCUGCUGACCUUGGCCCUGCUGACGGUCAACGCGCUGCUGGUGCUCCUGGCCUUGGCUGCCUGGGCGUCUCGCUGGCUGCGGAGGAAGCUGCGGGCCCGGCGGAAGGGCGGGGCCCCGGUCCACGUUCGCCACAUGUACUCCACCCGACGGCCCCUGCGCUCCAUGGGCACCGGCGUCUCCGCCGACUUCUCGGGAUUCCAGUCGCACCGGCCGCGCACCACCGUGUGCGCACUGAGCGAGGCAGACCUCAUCGAGUUCCCCUGCGACCGCUUCAUGGACAGUGCGGGCGGUGGCGCGGGCGGCAGCUUGAGACGGGAGGACCAUCUCCUGCAGCGAUUUGCUGACUAGGUCCAGGGCUUGUAGAGACCAUCUCAUUGGCACCAAGGAGCCGCCUCUCUGUGGGGCCCACCAGCCCACCUCAGAGGAAGGGCCCUUUUAUGCACUUGCCAGAGAGGCCAAUGGGGACAGAGGGCCAAUUCGGGCACCAUCCCCCAAUUCCCAAUACUAAAGCAGUAAAUGGAUGGUACUUGGUGGUCAAGGCCAAGAGUAGGGGACAAAUGGAUGGUGAUGCUGAGGUGGGAGGCAGCCUUCACUUGGAGGCUUUGACACAGCUAUGCAAAUGGCUUUUGUAGCAUUGCAAUGCAAUAGCCUGGCUUCUUUGGGGGUAGAAAGGGGGUGCUUGUGCCCCCAACAUGGCCAGAAAGAUUUGGGUGCAUGCUUUGUGUUUGCUCAGUGUCAAACAGAGGAGUUUUGUUUCUAUUUAAGGAAAAAGGAACUUAUUAUCAUUACAGAGGAGGCUUGGCCUGGGACUCCACUGGUUUGGUGAUCUCUGCCAAGAAGGGGGAUGUAAACAGGUGGUAAAAUUUAACACACCCGCCAAGGAACUCAUUUAUGUUGGCUGAUAGAGCAUUCAGGAUACCGUAAAGUUUAAAUAAUAAGAGACGCAAUUUUUUUUUUAAACAAUGUGAAAAGCUCUGACAUUUAACGAACUGACCAAUAGACUCAAGGACUGUUUUAGUUGGACUGGGCCAUUCUAUGAUGUUACUUUUAACAUUAACAGUACAAGAGCGUUUGCUGACUUGGAAGAUAACUAAGAUUACGUACUUUCUCCGGAGAAGACUGCAUGCAAGACUUCUCUGUCAGGGUUGCUCCUGUGGCUUUUUAAUUUUAUUUUUUUAAACCUAUAUAUGGAAAAGGAAAUUUCAAUGCCAGCUUUGAUAAAAGAAUGUAAUGUAUACGUAGCUGAUGACCCCCUGGGGAACACCAGCAUUCCAGUUCACUUACCACAUCUGUGACAGUGUGUUUAGAUUGGAAUAAAUGUGAUGUGGUACUUCUCAUGUUUUUAUCAGUGACAUGGUUGACUGUACCCUAAUUCUCUUGCGUUGCAGUUAAGUGAUGAAGGUAAUUUCCUAAUAGGGAAGCAAAAGGUGAUUGUCAAUUGAUAGUUUAAUGUUUGACCACAUUAGUGUCUUUCUUUAUAUGAUGUAGUAGAGGGGAAGAAUUAUGGAAAACAAAUGUGAAAAAAAUACACCAGUGGGUAUCUUUUCUACUAAAACCAGAAGAUUAUUAUGAGUACUUAAACCUCACUGUGAAAUAAUGAUAUAUUUUGCAAUUAAUCCCUCCCCAACCCAGUGUCUUACUGUGUUAUUAAAUCUUAUCUUUUAGUUAAUA